CUUAAGGCUGAUUAUACAUAUCACAGAGAAAUAUAAUCAGCCUAGAAGCAUUUCCUUAUCUCUAGUACUAAUAUGACCGAAGAAGGAAGUGCAGUAUCAGUUGUCCUCCACCUCACCAGAUGUUACCACUCGCCCUCUACCUUGGUCUUAUCCUGGGUGUAUGGUCCCGGGGCGAGGCUGUCAGCUGUACACCAUCCUGUGAUGGUACUGCUCCAGGAGGUCACGUCCCUGACCCAACCAACUGUCAAAAAUAUUACAUUUGUUUAGCGAAUGGGAAAGUGUCUGAUUUUACAGAAGAAUGUCCCGAAGGUCAAUUAUUUGAUGCUGAUACGAAGAAAUGUGUUGCUGAUGGUGGGACGUGUGGUUUAUGUCAACCAGUAUGCAAAUUUUCGUGUUCCGAAACAGUCCCUAAUUACGAGGUAGUAGCAGAUCGAACCGACUGCAGCACCUUUUAUGUAUGUGUAGCAGGUAAUCCACCGCAUCCUAUUACGUGUAGCGACAGUACACCUUAUUUCAACGGAACUGGUUGUACGGCGGACAAGUCCCAAUGCUGUGACGGGUGCAUAGCCUACUGCUCAGAGCGCUACACACAGAUUCCUGACCCAACCAACUGCACCAACUUCUACUUCUGUGAAUAUGAGGGUUACCCAGAGGAAACCAGUUUAUAUCAGUGCGCCACAGGAAAUUUUGAUGAAAAUGCAGGGGUAUGUUCAGAAGAAGCAACAUGUAACCAGCCUUGUACAGGUGGAGGAGGCACCACCACUACGACUGAAGGCAAUGCUGCCCACUGUGUGGACACCUUCGUGUGUCAGAAAACGGGCUACUUUCCCAGAUGCACCAACAGGUGUGAUCCACACUAUUACCACUGCACGUCUUCUGAUAUUAGUCACGAGGUGCAGGCUUUGACAUGCAGUAAUAACAAGGUUAUUAAUCCAGAUACUAUGAUGUGCGUGUCACAGGCAGAGUGCCCAUACCCACUAAGUUCACCACACCUAUUCCCUCCCAAGUAUCCUCCCCCACCUCUUUUUACCCAGCACUCUCCACUCAUAUCCACCCAGAUCUCUACACCCACCUCUUCCCACCCAUUCCCUACAUCCUCUCAAACAAAAACAAAUAAAUUCAUUGAAUCGCCUAAAGAUAAAUCUUAACUGCAUUAAUUGGCUAAUUUGCAUCACAUCAAAAGAUUGUACUAAUUUUGAUAAUAAAAUCAACAAUCUUAAGACAGCACUUGA